AUGACCACAGAGAGUGCGCUCCUGUCCUCCAUCCGUCAGCUCAUGGCGUCUCGUUACUCGUCUCGUUACAGCACGAGCUCCAUCAGCUCCUUCAGCGCCACUCCGCUCCGGCCCAGACUGCACAGUCAGUUCGGAGAGGAAUCAUCCAUCAGCUCCAUCACUGACGCCUUCAGCCGUUACCAUGGUGAUACACUGGACGAGUCAUCCUGGGCCGAGUCCGCUGGAGGUUGCCAAGCUCCCGGCGGCUCCGGUGUGGGCGUGGUCAGGGCGACGGGUGACAGCUACUUCCUGUCUGCAGAUGUGAGCGGGUUCGAGCCUCAUGAAGUGGUGCUGCUGGUGUAUAAUCAGUGUGUGGCUAUUCACGCAGAGAAGAUGGCAGCAGAUGGGAGUGUUGCGGGACGCUUUACCCAUAAGUCUGUGCUGCCGGCAGACAUGGACCCGUUAUCUGUGAGCAGCUCGCUGACCGCUGAGAGGAGACUGAUCAUCAGCGUCGGUCGCAGGAAAUCCCCUGUGACCUCUGACCUCUGACCUCAACACUACAGUCGUUACUGAUGUUUUUUUAUCUUUUGUUGAUUUCCAUUUCUGAUAAUUCUUUAUCUCAUCUCACUUUAUUUUCUGUAUUGUAUAUUACAAUACUG